AAAUUUGUUACAUCUGUGGCCAUGAAUUUGUCUUUCAGUCAACACUAAAUCAGAAAUGCUUGGAAGGAUGUCAUGGAGAUAAAAAGAUAAAACAAAGCAAAAAGGCAAAACAAAAAAACUGCAAUAAAAACCCCCCACAAACUCCUGCCACUGAAACAUCACAACCUGAUUGUUGCAAAUAUGCCUCAACUCGAUGCAGCUCCCGUACACUCUAGUAACUUCUAACCUGCGAAGCAAAGUCAACAAAAAUGAGCAUCACAUUGAAAAAAGGCAAUCUCAAGUAAAGUAGAGAGAACAUUCCUGGAACAUUGUAUUCUUCAUGGAAACAACUGUAAAGAAAAAGAGUUUGAGCAAGCAUAAUAAAACUCUGCCAAGUGCUGGAAAGGUCCCUGCUAAUAUCUCUACCAUUCUGCCUUCAAAACAGAUUGCAACAUCCAGUGUGUCAGAUCUUCCCACAGUUUUGCCAGAAAUAGUGAGUUUAGAUUCCAUAGUAAAAGCAAGCCCUGAGAAAAGGAGACCAGGCACUGUAAUAAUAUCAAAACGGUCAAACACUGCAAGCAUGUCUCAGAGUCAGUUGAAUCGGCCAGUCAUUCCAUCAAAGAGACCUGGCUUUAGGGUGUGCUAUAUCUGUGGCAGAGAAUUUGGGUCACAAUCUCUUGCCAUACAUGAACCCAAAUGCUUGGAGAAGUGGCAUAUUGAAAAUGACAAAUUACCAAAGCAUCUCAGAAGAGCAGAACCUGCUAAACCUCAGUCCCUUACUGGUGGCACCUAUGAUAUUAAGGCUGCAAAUGAGGCUGCUUAUCAGAGUGCUCAAGCUCAGCUCUUACCCUGUGAAAACUGUGGUCGCACUUUUCUUCCUGAUCGUCUCCCUGUGCACCAAAGGAGUUGCAGACCAAAGGAUGGUGGCCUGGGCCCUUCAAGCUCUAACCCCCCUAAAUCUGUUAAAGGCCCUAGCUCUGGCCUUGUAUCUGCAGCACGUACUGAUCAAUCUAGAAAAGUUCAACAAACACGUGGGGCUGCAGCAGCCAUAUCAGAUAAGCCACCAGUGAUCAGGCGGCCACCCACUGUUGUUUGUUACAUAUGUGGCCGUGAGUUUGGAACUAAAUCUAUUGGCAUCCAUGAACCACAAUGUCUGAAAAAAUGGCAUAAUGAGAAUGACAUGCUACCCAAACAUUUACGAAGACCUGAACCUAAAAAGCCAGAAGUCAGAUCCUUAGGAGCCAAAGGUUUCUAUGAUCUCGAUGCUCUAAAUGAGGCUGCCUGGAACAGUGCCCAGAGCCAGUUAGUUCCAUGUGAUAUUUGUGAGCGUACUUUCCUGCCAGACAGACUGAUUGUCCACCAGCGGUCCUGUAAACCGAAACCAGCAAAGUAAAGCACACCGCCCCCCCCCCCCAACACACACCUUCCAGCCAAAGCAUUAAAGGAAUAAAAUCCUGCUUGGAAAUAAAAGGCAUAGCUCAGGGGCUCUGUAAAAUCACAGUGAUGUGGAAACAUGUUCAGAUCAUCUCCUAGGUAAAAACAACAGUAGCCACUAUAAUGUAGGCCAAAUAUAGUGAUUUUUUUUUAGCACAUCAUUAUAGAAAUGGAAGACAUCUCUCAUCAUUUCUGUGCUCUGAGAGAUGCAGCACAGAGCUCACAGUUCAGGGGUGCCAGUAAGGUGCCUUUAAGCCACCUUUGUGCCCUCCUGAGCCUGUGCUAUUCUGGGGGAUUACCGUUCACUCCAGAGCAAAAUACCCCAGCAAUCAGAAGAGAAGCACCCAAAUACAUCAUCUAUAAAUAGCAGAGAACUCCCUGUCUCAAAUAAUGACGAGGGGAGAAUAUCCUGCAGUACUCAGUGAUGGUAGCUGGGCUGUGGCUCCCUGCCCCACUCCCAUGUAAUUUACUUCUUGGGUUUAAUAUCCUCAAUUUUUAAGCUCUGACUUGAACUAUCAAGCUUCCUACCUGUAUCUUGUGGAGGGGAGUCAGAUGUAGGGUGAGUCACAUGGUUUAAUAGUCCUAGUGGGUGUGUGUGGGGGAGCAGCUAGAGGAGCCAAGUGUAGGCUGAGCAUAAAGCUUAGCAGAGCACAAUAGUCUCCCUUCAUACCAGCACUUCCGUCACUCCCUCUUCCUGAGUUUUCCUGUUUCCUUGGUAGCAGAUUGCUCUUUCACCAGGAAUAAUCAAUAAAUCAGCCUGCAGCAGUUCCGGCACCUUGGAGUUGUACAGUUUGCAUGGCUCCUAAGGACACGGGUAUACUGUGCUGACUUAAGCCAUCUCUCCAUUAAAACAUAAAAAACACAGAACUUUUUUGUUACCUACCAUAGAACCAUAAUUUUAAAUCACACUGUAAGACUAAGCUAUUUAGCCUGCUUAAGCUGGCCUAAGUUUAAGCACCUGGCCCAAAGUACACUUCCCUGUCAAUGAGAGAGACAUCCAUUGACUUCAAUGGAAUUUGGAUCAGACCCUAAAACCACAGGCACCUACUUUCCCCAUCCAUUGCAACGAUGGAGGAGGCAUCCAUAAUCAGGUGACAAAGUGCUGGUAGGUGCAAAGGGGGAGGCUGGUCAGCACAAGCUACCAUGGGGUGGGUAUGUGGGUGUGGGUGUGUUUGGCCCCAUCCUAAACCAUACUGGUAAGCACUAGGAGGUCUGUACUAGGGGCUUUAUCCUGUUCAUUGCAAUCAAAGGUAAAACUCCCAUUGACUUCAAUGGUUCAGGAUCAAAGUGCUAGCACAAGACAUGGGGAUGUGUGUUGUAUGGGGCAGCACUAGAGAUGGUUUUUUAUUCCAACAUUUCAAAGAACGCUAUUGUGUCCCAGAGCAGAGUCAGAGUCAAAGAGCACCAGUGAAAGGGUUAAACAUGUGAAGGAAGUAAUAUAUACUCUAAUAGAAUUGCAGCAGAGAGCACUUUUUUGUACCUUACUCUAAAGUGUUUUAUUAAGUGGCCAGGGAGGUUACUGUGAAAUGUAUGACAAAAUCCAAUACAUGUUGUUAAGCAAUCAUAAGAACUUCCUGAACUGCUGAAAGAAACUGGAUCACCUAUAAGUUUUCACCUUCAGUUUUAAUGCCAUUAAGCUGGUUGUAUGCAUCCUGUGACAAAUGUGACUAUUCCUAGAGUAUUUGCACUUAUUGUUGCAUUUAUAAAAAUCAGAUAUAAGGAACUGGAUAUCUUUAUGUACUCUGGAAUGACAGAUGGGCUUCAACUACUUCCCCCCCUCCCCCCAAGCUAUCAGUCUGCACAAUUUGCCAUGUAAGCAAAACAAGAAAUAGCAUCAUUGUUCAGCUGUUAAGGGAAUGCCCCUGCCCGAGCCCCAACACAAACUUAAUUCAAAUUGGGACAGAUAUCGGCAUUCUUUGCUGAAAAUAAUUUCCCAAACAGUCAAGCACCUCAGCAGCCCUUUCAUCUCCAGGAGGGGAAUUUUAUUUUCUCUUGUUAUGUAUUUCCUGAAAUCAAUGGACCAGUUCCUGCUUUGCAAUGCAAAGCUCGAUAAACCCAACAGAUCCAGCCCCUUCAAUAUCUUCAUUGCAUUGUACAGAAUUCUUGGGUGGCAUUAGAGCUACUUCACCUCUUUUCCCUGGGACUGGUGGAGGGGGUGUAGCAAGGGGAAAGAGGGCUUGGCCAGGUUGUUCCCAUGCACUAGCCAUUUGUUGCUGCUAGAUCCACCCCCAGAGUCUGUUGGCAGCCUGAAAGCUACUCUCUUUUAUUCUGGGGACUGGCCCAGUGCAAAAUGGCAUCAGGAUUGGAGGAAUUGGCAACGGUGGCUUAAAAUGACCUUUGUGGCCCUCCUCCUCAGAUAUGGUAAGCAAUGCUUUACUGCAGCUGAGGAACUGGGCCAUCAAGCUUCAUUCCAGCUCAAUUUCAAGAGCAGAAAUGGUUUUUAAAGGGACCAAGGACCCUUAAGGUAAUCAAUUCAUUUGCUGACAUUGAAAACUAAAUAUGAGGUAGAAUCUAAGAUCAACUGUCAAUGGGAUUUAGGCUCCUUAUUGCCUAAUUUACUUUUGCAAAUGGGACUCCUGAGCCUAAGUAAUGUGCUAUUUUGCAAAUGUUACCCAUAAUGACUGACACCAGCUUCAUGUAAAGCUCUCCCUACAUCCACCUACUCAUUUCCCCAAACUGUGUAUCCCAAGAGUAGAGCUGAGCUGUUUGAAGGGCUGUGCACAUGGGGUGUUCACGCAUACUUGUGUGGAUCAUGUCUUUGGACUCCUGAGCUUUACCACAAAAUUUCCCUCUACAAGGUUCCUGUCACAGCAACCUGAAGAGUGACUGCUAUGCAGGCUUUGGGGGGAGUCAGAUUAGGGCUGGCAAACUUCUGCUUUAUGCCACUGCAGGUGUGUGUGGGCUUUCUGGCAAGUCUGCCAGGCCUGCCAAACUUUGGGGCCAUGAGUUUGAAAGCUGUUGUGCUAUUGAAAUGGAAAGUUAGAGUUUAAUUAGAGCUUCACAGUACAAAGUGAAGUAACUCCUGUUAAUAUAGCAGCGCUUGCUUUAUAUAUUUAUGUUUGUGAGAUUGAAAAUGUAAAGGGAGCUGGUAGCCUGAUAGUGCAGUGGCAGCACAAUGGUUCUCACACCUAAGGGACCUGAGAUCAAAGUCUAAGCUUUUGUACCAACAAGAUGGGAGCACUAUGGAGGUAUCACACACCUGGGCUCUGGGUGGAGAGCAGACACUCCAUAUCACAUCACUCUCUAACACCAUCCCUGAGGUAGAUGGAAAAAGGAGUACCACCAGCUAGUUCUAGGACUAGUCCUCUUCAACCAGCACAAGGAUGUGGGCCCCUUGGGGGAAAGUAGAUAAAAAGGCCUGGAUGGGGAAGGAACCAUUCCCCAGAAACUGGGAGCAUCUAAUAGGAUCAUGGGUGAGGAAUGCAAUGGAUCUUUUGAUCAUUUUUGGUGAUGGUUUUGUGAGUGUGUCUGUAUGUGUGUGUUUGUGCCAUGCUGGAGACUACAGCCCUCUGUUUAUCCAUAUAUGAGGUACAGCAGAGGCAAUAGCAUGGCAGGUUCUUCACACAAUCAAUCCCAGCAAUCUGCCUCAAAAGUGAUGCUGAAGAGGAUAGCUUGAUCUCCAGCCUUUGUCACUGGCCUCUCUGCCAGCCAGAAUACUAGACUUGUGCCAAGUGCAGUGGCGACUUUUAUGUCAACAUUUGCCCAGUGAGUUCUGCAUUGAUACCAUCAAUUCAUUUCACAAUUUAAUUCAUUUUCAGCAGAACUAAGCUGUGAUCUGUCCAGCAUUUUCCAUAUUUAUUUGGCAUUCCUCCUUUAACCUUCUUUCAGAAGGGGAAACAGGAAACAAAAAAGCAAAGCAGUUAACUUUCUUUGCUUUUUAGCAUUGUUUACUGUUCUUUGGCUACUUAUCACUUUUUCUUAUCACACAUUCAGUUGUCUUAUAGUGGGUCCCACUUCAAUCCUAUGUUUCUGCUGACCCAACACAUAAUUGUUCUAAAGAUCUGAAAAAUGUUUUCCUGCACUUAAAAGAGACAAAGAAAGUCCAUUUAGUUUGCAAUGACUGUGCUGAUAGCAACUAAAAACAUACCUAGGCAAGGGUUAUAAAAAGUCAGAACACAAGCUAAAAUAUUACUGAUCCUCAUGCAAGGUUCAGAACAUGCUAAGAGAAUGAAUGUCCUCCUUUAAACAAAGUCAUUGUUAUAAAAGAUAUAGAUCCAGAGUUGGAGCCUAAUGGUCAUUGAAGGCAAUGAAAUUCUUGACUCCAGGAAGGGACUCCCAAAGUCCUUACUCAGGCAAAACCUCCAUUUCCUGUGGAAUUAUUAAAAACUGGGUAAGGACUUCAAGAUUUGGCCUAACAGGGGGAAAAAAUCAAUUGCACAUGAAUAAUAUGUGUAAAAUGUUUGUGUCUAGCUUCAGAGUGACACAUUAUAUUAAUAUAUUAAUAGCCAUGAGAAUUUUAUCUGCGAAAGAUCUCCAGCUUUCUCAAAUGUUAGUGGCAAAGCACAUUGGAAGUGAUCAAAACAAUCCAAGGUGUGACUCCUUCACUACCUACUCAACUUUAUUAAUGAAUGAAUGUUUAUGACAAAUGCCUAUGAAGGAGAAAAUGUGGCAGUGCAAUAAUUGAUUUUGUUCAUGUAAGCGGAAAAAACACACACACACAC